UAGACCUGAGAUCACAUCAUCUAGUAACAAACAUGGCGAAAUGUAUUGUGAAAGGCUGUCCCAACAGCUGCCGAAAUAACGGCCGCGGCCCACGUGUCACCCUACACGGCUUCCCCAACACCUUGGAUAAAGUCAAACUCUGGCUGCAGCAAAUCGAUAAGGAUUUGAAGGAUCUCGACACCUUUGCUCAGCGCAUCAUGAAAGCCAAGAAAAGGAAUAUGUUCCGUAUCUGCUCCGUCCAUUUCUCACCCCAGAGUUAUGUUUGGGAAGGCAAAAAAUUGGUGCUGCAAAAAGAUGCCUUUCCGACAAUUUUCCACCGAGGUAAGUGUAAAGCCGCCCCCAAGAGUGGCAGCAGCGUUCCUCCUGUGAAAAGGGUAAAGGUGGAAACCUCACCAAACAGAGAGGAGAAGGCACGGCUGACACAAUGGCGUCGUUGUCCCAAGACUAAAACGUUAGUCAUGGAGAAAGGACAUAACACCUCCAAAGGGAUGGAGGAGACUGGUGCCUGUGCCAAUCCAAUACAUAGUGGUCAACAUUCAUAUAGCGCAACGGCCAAAAAGAUGGUUGAUGCUUCAACAUCUAUGGAUCGUUCUUUAUUCCUGACUGACAAGGCUGCCCAGUGGCCAGAAUAUGAGCUAAAUUAUGAAGGCGAGUCCUGGAAGGUGAAGCAUGAUCACUUUUACCCAUUUGUCCUUCAUACCGCAGACAUGCCUAUGAGGGAGACUGAAAAGUAUCCCCGCCACUUGUUAGAGACCCAGAAAUCCGCUGCCAUGGUACAUCACAACAAGCGUUCAGACUCGGAGAACACCCUUAUCACUCAGGAAAUGAGACGUCUGCACAAUUUACCAAAUAACGCCGCAGCUGCCGCCCUGGUACCUACUGGUAAAUUCAAGCCUCCGGAGAGAGAUAUGGCAGCGGAAAGAAAGUUCAUUGUCUUUGAGUCUUGUCUCGAUAACCUCUUUUACAGACUGGCCUGUCAGGUUGGAGAUGGCUGUAGAGCCCCCAUAGUACAGUUAGAAAAGAAUAUUGAUGGCACUUUCUUGUCUGUCAAUGGACUCUGUCACAAUGGGCAUCGUUUCCACCUAUGGAGCAGUCAGCCUUUUGUAAAACACGUUGCGGCUGGGAAUCUUCUAAGUGCCUCUGCCAUCUUGUUUAGCGGCUUGAGCUUUAGUGCAGUUCAGGAAAUGAAUCAAUUGAUGGGACUCCAACAAAUAAGUUCCUCAACCUACAGCGAGUAUGAGCAGAGCUUCUUAUUCCCGGCGGUGGAUUUACACUGGCAGCAGGAAUGUCAGAGACUGAAAGAAACCCUCAAAGACGUACAACUAACCGUAUCCGGCUCAAGCCAACAUGGCGGGGCGAGUCUCAGUGCUAAACAUUGCACUUACAUCUUCUUUGACGUUGCCACUAAAAGGGUCCUAGACUUUCACAUUGAGACUUUGCUGCCAAACACAUCCCGGAUUGGCAUAGAGAGAAAGGCCUUCCGGACAUCUUUAUCCAGACUUCUGAGUGAAAAGUUUGACAUCAGAACUGUGGUCACUGACAGUCAUCACGGCAUAAAGAAAGAAAUGCGUGAAAAGUUUCUAAAUUUACAACAUAGAUAUGACACAUGGAAAUAUGCCAAGAGUCUCUGUAGCCACCUCCGUGCCGCUAGCAGAAAGAAGGCUUGCUCCGGGGUUGCCCACUGGAUUCCUUCUAUUACAAACCAUCUUUUUAGGUCAUUGUGUGAAAGCAAUGGAAAUGUUCACAUUUUACGUGAUCACUGGAGGUCAAUCCUUCCUCACAUUGUGGGUAAUUGUAGCCAAGCUUGUUCACGUAAACCACGAAAUCGCAAAGAGGCUUGUCUACAUCCCAUUAUAAAGGGACACAGUCCAGCCUUCCAGAAACUCAGAGAGUUGGUGCUCAGCUCAAGGGUGACCAAGGAUUUGGCUCUGAUGUCACCGGUGUAUAACCAAGGAGAAACUGAAGUGUGUGGUAACUUCAUUGUAAAGUACCGCCCGAAACGAACCAGAUACAAAACCGAUUCUUUAGAGGCAAGGACUAAGCUAGCUAUCCUGGCCUACAAUGCCAACGUACAUCGACGACACAUUAAAUACCGCAGUGUUAAGAGGGGCUGCAUGUCCGCUUUACCUUUCUUCACAAAAUCUCUGCAUUGCCGGUUCACCAAGGCAGAUCAAGCAGCCAUGAGAAAGCAGGUUGUGGAGAUGAUACGUGAUGUUCUUAAAGUAUGUGCUGGUCAUGAAAGGCAUCGCUAACUCUACACCACUUUAUAGCAGCCUGAUAACAUAACCACGGAAUACAGAAAUGAAUAGAGACUGCACAACAGAAAACCUUUCGCCACCACUCUAACUCUAUUUUAUAAGACUACCUCUAAUCUCUAUAUUCAGAUUGUAGUUUUAGGUUUGGGGGGGAUCUCAUAUACUGCAGAGGAAUCUGUGUGAUCCUCAUCUAUGCAAAAGCCAUAAUGCUAUAGAUGAUUUAUCCUUGGUAAGCUUAUUGGUAUUAAUCGUAUUCCCACAACAAGGGAAUUUAUUUAGUUUCCCUCCUUUUAGAGUACCAUAGAUAGAGAUAGAUAAUACAGUCCAGAAGAACAGCACAACCAGCCCAAGGUAAUUCAGUGUUUAGGUGCACGCCAUCAUAUGGCUCCUGGUCAGGGAUUCCAGGACUUCAAUCCAAGUAGAAAAGACCGUAGAACAGAAGAUUCCAUCCAAAUAAAGUGAGUUUAUUUUAGAGCACUUUGUUAUGCUGAGGAUGCAAUAAACUCACUUUAUUUGGAUGGAAUCUCUUGUGUGCUGCGGUCUUUUCUCCUUAGAGUACUGUGUCUGUAAAAGUAAGAAGUGGGCGGAGUGUUCUGUAACAGGGUUGAUGUUGUAACAGGGUUGAUGUUCCUGGAGGAUCCGCCAAAUGGAAAAGGAUUUAGGCAAACUAGAAGAAUGGUCAGAACUCUGGGAACUGAAAUUUAAUGUGGAUAAGUGCAAGAUAAUGCACCUGGGGCGUAAAAACCCUCGGGCAGAAUAUAGAUUAUUUGACACAGUCCUGACCUCAGUAUCUGAGGAGAGGGAUUUAGGAGUAAUUAUUUCAGAAGACUUAAAGGUAGGAAGACAAUGUAAUAGAGCAGCAGGAAACGCUAGCAGAAUGCUUGGAUGUAUAGGGAGAGGUAUAAGCAGUAGAAAGAGAGAAGUGCUCAUGGGUGUAUAGGGAGAGGUAUAAGCAGUAGAAAGAGAGAAGUGCUCAUGGGUGUAUAGGGAGAGGUAUAAGCAGUAGAAAGAGAGAAGUGCUCAUGCCGCUGUACAGAACUCUGGUGAGACCUCACUUGGAGUAUUGUGCGCAGUAGUGGAGGCCGUAUCUCCAGAAGGAUAUAGAUUCUCUAGAGAGAGUUCAAAGAAGAUACCAAACUAGUACAUGGAUUGCAGGAUAAAACGUACCAGGAAAGGUUAAAGGACCUUAUCAUGUAUAGAAGAAAGAAGAGACUGAGGGAGAUGAUAGAGACUUUUAAAUGCAUAAAGGGAAUCAACACGGGAAAGGAGGAGAAGAUAUAUAAGAGAAGAAAAACUACCACAAGAGGACAGAGUGUUAUAUAUAGAGGACAUAGUGUUAUAUAUAGAGGACAUAGUGUUAUAUAGAGGACAUAGUUUUAAAUUAGAGGGGAAAGGUUUCUGCAGUAAUAUCAGGAAGUAUUAUUUUACUGAGAGAGUAGUGGAUGCAUGAAAUAUCCUUCCUGCAGAAGUGGUCGCUGCAAAUACAGUGAAGGAGUUUAAACAUGCAUGGGAUAAGGAUAAGGCUAUCCUUCAUAUAAGAUAGAGAUAAGGCUAUCCUUCAUAUAAGAUAGAGAUAAGGCUAUCCUUCAUAUAAGAUAGAGAUAAGGCUAUCCUGCAUAUAAGAUAGAGAUAAGGCUAUCCUUCAUAUAAGAUAGAGAUAAGGCUAUCCUUCAUAUAAGAUAGAGAUAAGGCUAUCCUUCAUAUAAGAUAGAGAUAAGGCUAUCCUUCAUAUAAGAUAGAGAUAAGGCUAUCCUUCAUAUAAGAUAGAGAUAAGGCUAUCCUUCAUAUAAGAUAGAGAUAAGGCUAUCCUUCAUAUAAGAUAGGGCCAGGGACUAUUCCUAGUAUUCAGAUUAUUGGGCAGACUAGAUGGGCCAAAUGGUUCUUAUCUGCCGACACAUUCUAUGUUUCUAUCACUUCCAUUUUUAUAUAUCUGGAUAUUGAAUGUUUCCCAUUCUUGAUAUCAUGAGGUUCUCUCCUCCAGGUAUUCUACCUACUAUAUAUUGUGACAUUGUUACUAACUUCUGUGACUUGUUGUUCCACUGUAUGUAGUUGCUCACAUAAGCUUAUAAUGCUUCAUUAAUAUAUAUUUUUUUUUAGGAUUGAACAUGUGUAUAUAUAUAUAUAUUCAAUCUCCUUGUUAUUUACUCAUUUAUUAACUUUAACCAAUAAAUCUGCUUAUUUUUUUAAUAAAAUACCUGGUGUUUUAUUUGUGAAACUACCUUUCUAGCGUUAUGGACAUCAAAAACAACUUAAUAUCGUCGUCUCACACAUGAAUUUAAUUUGUUUAAUAACUUUUGAGCAAUUCAUAAGGUCAUAAUUUUUAUUAACCAUAUUUCAUAAUUAAAUUACUGCCAGUGAUCUGUUGUCUCAGCAGUUCGCUGACUUUUCCUUCGCUCCUGACAGAAAGUUGUGCAGUUCUCC